AUGCAGGUGCCCCUCCUCCGGCUGCAGUGUGGUGUUAAUAGUUAUGAUUGGGGCAAGAUCGGCCAGGAAUCUGCUGCGGCAAGGUACGCUGCAGCGACACCUUCAAGCAAUCUUUCUAUCCAGGAUGAGAGGCCGUAUGCAGAGCUUUGGAUGGGCACCCAUCCCUCACUGCCUUCCAAAGAUUUCGAAACCCAACGGUCAUUGCUGGACCUGGUGCAAUACAACCAAGAAUUGAUGUCGCAAGAAAUUACUAGGCGAUAUGGAGGGAAAUUGCCUUUCCUCUUCAAGGUCCUUUCUAUCCGGAAAGCGCUCUCGAUUCAAGCACACCCAAACAAAAAACUGGCAGCGACACUUCACGAGAAGGAUCCACGGAACUACCCUGAUGAUAACCAUAAGCCGGAGAUGACAAUUGCUAUCACCCCCUUUGAGGGCCUCUGUGGCUUCCGGCCCUUGGCCGAAAUUGUCCAUUUCCUUCGUGUCUUAGAGCCCCUAAGAGAGCUUGUGGGGCCGGAAGCUGCUGAAACAUUCGAAAAUGCAGUGCGUGGUCAAGAAGUAUCCGCAGAUCCUAUUAUCACGGAAAGGAACAAAGCUGCGUUAAAGUCUUUGUUUACAAAGUUAAUGACAUCUACACCAGAGUCCAUAUCUACUGCUGCAGCGAAACUUAUUUCGAUUGCCAAAGACUCUCCAACCACAUUUGCCAUUUCAGAAUCGACACCUUCAACCAAUCCUUCGAACCCAGAGGAGUUGGCGGCGGUAGCAACACGCUUAAAUGGCCAGUUCCCCAACGACAUUGGGCUGUUCGUAUUUUUCUUCCUUAAUUUCGUCAAAUUGUCCCCAGGUGAAGCGAUGUUCCUCAAGGCAGAUGAUAUCCAUGCAUACAUCUCCGGAGACAUCAUAGAGUGCAUGGCCUCGUCUGACAACGUCGUUCGAGCUGGAUUUACACCCAAAUUCAAAGAUGUUUCCACCCUAGCGAACAUGCUCACCUACAACUACGCGCCUAUCGAAGAACAGAAGAUGGAGCCCACGGAAUACCCCUAUAUGACAAUGAACACAGUUGCAUAUUCAAGCAAUUCAACAUCCUUGCUCUAUAACCCGCCCAUCGACGAGUUCGCUGUCGUAAGGACAGAGCUGAAGCGCGGCGGUGCUAAGGCGACUUUUGAAGCCAUCAAUGGCCCCAGUAUUCUCAUCUGCACAAAUGGCCAGGGAAAGAUAAGCGUAGGGCCUGCCAAAACAGAAGAAGUCAAGGAGGGUUACGUGUAUUUUAUUGGGGCAAACGCUGAGUGUGUCCUAGAGAGCACCGUGGCAGAGGGAGAUGAUCAAUCGUUCACUACUUUCAAGGCAUUCUGCGAACUCGACCGUUCUGAGGAUGUUGUUAAUGGGCGCUUGUGA